GUCAGAUCUGACAUCGGGAGGCUGGGGAAUACGUACUUACUAUGAGGUAUAUUCUAUCUCUGGUUGGAGGUCUGUGCCUAUUUUUGACACCUACGACGGCAGACUGUGGAACACAGACGGGUUAUUCAGAGACAAGAAAACGUGUAGCCGGCGGCAAUGUAGUUGAUGAUGUAUACAAAUGGCAAUGGACCGGUCACUUACGAUUCAGUGGACAAGAUGUAUGUACAGUCGUACUCGUAGAUCAUAUGUGGGCGUUAACCAGUGCACAGUGCAUAUUAAAAUGGACAGAUCCGACGAUAUUUACGGUCGUUUUGGGGGAUGGAUAUGGUACGGGAAUAGAGCAAACCUUUGGAGUGACAGAAAUGAUGAUCCAUCCGUUAUUUGACCAUGCAACACGUGAAUACGACGCAUGUUUACUCAAGUUAUCAACUCCCGCCAGUAACUUCGAUCCUAUAUGUGUUGUCGAUGAAGCGUUUGAUUAUACAACGUUUGAUGAAUGUUGGUUAACAGGGUAUGGGCAAAUCACAGGCGGUACAUUCCCAUCUAAAAUGCACGAAGCAUUAAUGGACCAAGUCAAUAAAGAAACGUGUUAUUCUAUCUGGAAACAAUGGAGCGUACCGAUAACCGACAAUCAUAUCUGUGCUGGUUUCCCGACAGAGCAAAUAGGAGCCUGCCAUGGUGACGCUGGAGCUCCAUUGAACUGCGUGAGGGAUGGUAUCUGGUUUCUGGGUGGUAUUUUAAGUUUUGGAUCUGGAAAGUGUGGCGCUAUUCCAGGUAUUCCAGACGUAUAUACAAAGAUGUCGACUGUGUUUACAGAUUUUAUAGAAAAUGCCGUGAAUGGCUUGACACCAUUGUCUAGAAGUUUUGAUUGUCAUCACGAGACAGAAUUCCGUUGUGCCAGUCCUCAGUGUAUAUCAUCACUCUAUAGAUGCGAUGGCUAUACUUUCUGCCUAGGUAACGAUGACGAAAAAUACUGCGCUGCACAUGUAAAGUACUUCAAUCCCACAUACAUGACGUCAUUCAGUGAUACACCAGCAGAAAGUAUUGUGACGGCUAACGUAGACGAAUGUGCCGACCGCUGUCUGACGUCACAUGGUUAUGUCUGCCACCAGUUUGCGUUUAGAAAAUCUGAUGGACAAUGCGAUCUGAGGUUUGAAGACUACCAAGAAGUCAGCUUGGUCUCUAUGCCAGGAACAAUGUAUUUUCGGUUACAGGAAUUUGGAGGACAUGCGCAGACGAUACAUCCCAAUUUGUUAGGAAAUGGACAGUUCUCAACACCGAGGUAUUUUAAUCACAAUUCCCGAAGAAAACUCACCCAAUUAAAUUUGAUGACUGAACCCGGAACAAACAUUCAGAUACAUUUUGACCACUUUUUCGAUGAUCCAUCUCAUCCCGAAUGUCCUUUAUGUAAAGCCGAGCUGAGAGUCCGUUUAAAUGGAAGUUCAACCAACUUAGUGGAUGAAUGCAUAACAGAAAGUUCUUCACUUCCGAGUAGUAUUAUCGCACCCGGCAAUGAAGUGGUACUAGAAUGGUUUACUGAAAGACCAGAAUUGACUGGAAUUAUCGGCAGUUUCUCUACUGUCGUACCGUAA